AUGAAGUUGAUCAAUGCCAUUUUCAGUUUUGAGCUUAAAGUCAAUAGAAAACCAAUAAAAAUUUUGAUUUUUAGAUUUAAUUUUGGCUUGAUCAUCAUAUGUUUUUUAUUUAUUCAAUGA